GCCGAUGGAGUAACUCGUACAAGUUGCCCUACAGUUGGAUGGGAACAGGCCAUGCCGUCUUUAAUGGUUCUCUCUACUACAACCGAGCCUUCACGCGCAACCUCAUUAAGUAUGACCUAAAGCAGCGCUACGUGGCUGCCUGGGCCAUGUUGCAUGACGUAGCUUAUGAGGAGGAGACCCCUUGGCGGUGGCGUGGCCAUUCAGAUGUAGAUUUCGCCGUGGAUGAAAACGGCCUAUGGAUCAUUUACCCCGCCAGUAAUUAUGAUAGCUUCAACCAAGAGGUGAUUGUACUCAGCAAACUCAACGCCAUGGAUCUCAGCACCCGUAAGGAGACCACCUGGCAGACGGGUCUGCGCAAGAACUUCUACGGCAACUCCUUUGUCAUCUGCGGGGUCCUCUAUGCCGUUGACAGCUACAACAAGAGAAAUGCCAACAUUUCAUACGCAUUCGACACGCACACCAAUACACAGAUCAUCCCUCGUCUGCUCUUUGAGAAUGAGUAUUCCUACACCACUCAGAUAGACUACAACCCCAAGGACCGGCUCCUUUACGCUUGGGAUAAUGGCCACCAGGUUACUUACAACGUCAUUUUUGCUUAUUAAGGACGCAAGGGAGUGAUUUUUAAUGGACCACAGCACCUUUUUUUUAUAUAAACGUGUUUGCUUUUAAUUCUAUAAAUCAAGAGUAAAUGUGUGGGUUUAAAAGAUUUUUUUUAAAGAAAUAAAAUAAAAUUGGACUGUAGAACAGUCCAUAUACCAAAAUCAACCCUUUUAUCUUGGGCAUAACUUUUUUUAUAUGGAAUAUACUGCCAAACCCUGAGACAACGGGAACCUUAUGUCUUCAUUAACUCUGCCAAGCGCAGACACCCCAAAGGGGAAAAGCACAUGUCUUUUGCCUUUAUUAUUGUAAUAGAAAACUUGGUUUGGAUGAGAAAACCCUUUAAAGUUAACAUUUUUUAUAAUAAAAUAUCAGUGUUGAAACUCAGCAAAUCAGUGUCCUGUUCGCAUUUCUGCUGUUACUACAUGCUUCUCUUUUCUGCUGACCAAUGGUUCCUGCCUAAACUGCUGUAACUUUUUUACAUUCACAUUUUAGUUCAGACUGCAAUCCUAUGGCAUUUUGGAGGCUCCGGGAGCCGUAAUACUGUAGCAAUAGCAAUAGCAGUUAG